UUGCCGCAGCUGUAGAAUCAUUAAGGUUUAAACCCUAACGAACUGAAACACUUUCUUUCUCGUGUGUGAAUUCUAAAGCCCUAAAGUAACAGUGGUUGAGAAUGGCGGAACCGAGUGAGUUGAGUCGCUACAUUGAGUCAUACGUCGAUUCUUCUUCGACUCCAGCUCAACAGGCUGCUAGUUUGGACUCAGUUGGGUGUCUUGUGAAAUCUGAUUCCUUAACUCUGGAAGCUCUGGUUCGAGAGUUGCAGAUUUAUUUGACAACAACAGAUAAUGUUAUUCGUGCAAGAGGAAUCCUGCUUCUAGGUGAGGUGCUUAAGCGUAUUGAGUCGAAACCUCUUGGCAGUGCAAAUAUACAUACCUUGGUUGUGUUCUUCAAGGACAGGCUGGCAGAUUGGAGAGCACUACGAGGUGCACUUAUUGGUUGCUUGUCACUGAUAAGGAGAAAAAGUGUGGUGGGGAUGGUAACUGGUACUGAUGCCAAAGCCAUUGUUCAGUCCUUUCUAGACUACAUUCAAGUUCAGUCCUUAGGACAGUAUGACAGGAAGCUAUCCCUUGAACUACUUGAUUGUCUGCUAGAACGCUACUCCGACGUGCUUGCUUCACUGGGCGAGGAACUUAUUUAUGGAAUUUGUGAAGCUGUGGAUAUAGAAAAGGAUCCAGAGUGUUUAAUGCUCAUUUUUCAUAUUAUUGAGACUGUCGGAAAAUUAUAUCUUGAUCCAUCUGGUCCAAAUACAAACUUUGUUGAAGAAAUUUUUGAUAUUUUAGAAGCCUACUUUCCUAUUCACUUUACACAUCCAGUGGGUGAUGAUGCUCAUGUUCAAAGAGAUGAUCUGUCAAGAGCUUUGAUGGCUGCAUUCUCUUCCACACCUCUUUUCGAGCCAUAUCUCAUCCCUUUGUUACUUGAUAAGCUUUCUUCCUCGCUACAUUCAGCAAAGAUUGAUUCCCUGAGGUAUCUGAGAGCUUGCUCUUCCAAGUAUGGAGCAGAGAGAAUCGCAAAAUAUGUACGUGCUAUUUGGCCUUUAAUAAAGGACAUCAUAUCUACUUAUUUGGAGGACCCAGAUUUUUCUUUUACUCUAGCACCUUUGAAUGGUUUUGGCCCCUCAAAGAAUGAAUUAGUAAUAGAAGCUCUAUCCCUCCUUCAGCAACUUAUUUUGCAAAAUAGCAAUUUAUUAGUUAGCUUAAUAAUUGAUGAUGAAGAUGUCAACAUUUGUAUCAAGACAACUGCCUCUUAUGAGAAAUACAACGAUAUUCCUGUCCAAGAAAAGAAGAAACUGCAUUGUGUCGGUUGUAUUCUCCAUGUCAUGGCGAAGACUUCUCUUUCUUCCUGCAAUGAAGUAUUUCAGAAUCAUUUCUCCCGAAUAAUGGAUAAUGUGGUUUCUGUUGGAAAUCUUGAUAACCCACAAAAUGGUGAAGUUUUUCCCUCUCAGAGAGUCAAGUUUGGAUUACUUUAUCUCUGCAUUGAACUACUUGAAGGAUGCAGGAAAUUAUUUUCAGUGUCUGAACACCCAGCUUUGCAGUAUGUUCUUGAGCAUGAAACAUGCUGCACUGAGCUUCAUAGGUUUUCAACUCCGUUGUUUAAUGCCUUUUGUUCAGUGUUGGCAUUAAGUAAUGAGAUAUGCCCCCUUGAUCCAGAGAUAUACAUUGGAGUGAAGGGUUUGCAGAUACUGGCUAUGUUUUGUUCAGAUGUUUUUCCAGUACCAAUGUUACUAUUUGAGGAUAUUUUGAAGAAACUAAUGUCAAUCAUAAUAGAGGAUUCCAAUAAAAUGACGCUAUGGGAAGCGGCACUAAAAGCAUUGUUUCAUAUUGGUUCAUUUGUUCAAAAGUUCGAUGAAUCUGAAAAGGCGAUGAGCUACAAGAGUUUAGUCGUAGAAAAAGCUGCAGAACUGCUUUCUAUCAAUGAUAUUAAUCUACCUCUUUCACUCAAAGUAAAAGCAUUAUCUGAGAUAGGAAUGACUGGAAAGAUAAAUAUGCUGACCAUUCUUCAAGGGUUGAGAGGAGUUGUAUUUGCCAAUGUAUCUGAUGUUUGUGCCAGUAGAAAUUCAAGGUCUUUUGAAACUGCUGUUCAGCUUUUGGAGUGCUAUUCUUGCAAGUUGCUUCCAUGGAUCCAUGAGAACAGAUGUUCGGAGGAGUUCAUAGAGCAAUUUGCUGUAGAUAUUUGGGCUCAUGCAGGAAAUUGCAUGGAUAUUUGUGCUCCCUUUGAGGAAAAGGGUCUUCUUGAUGCAUUAAUGAAAGUUAUGAAAGUUUCUGUAGCAAGUUGCUCUGUGGACAGUCAAAACACGAUAAUAUUAAAAGCUUAUACAGUAUUGUCAUCGCAUACUAACUUUCAGCUAAAUAAAGUUGAAAGAAUGCCACUUAGUCCUGGACAGUAUGACAUUUCCCAUAGAGAUGAGUGGAUACUUUCAUUAUUUGCAUCAGCAAUUAUUGCAGUUUGCCCCAAGACACACAUUCCAAAUUUAAGAGUACUUCUGGAUCUAUUUAUGGUAAUGCAUCUCAGAGGCAUUGUUCCAGCUGCGCAGGCCUUGGGUUCUAUAAUAAAUAAAUUGGCUUCAAAAUCCAGCAGUGCAGAAAGUUCAAGUGACCUUACCUUGGAAGAAGCUCUGGAUAUUAUAUUCUGCACGAAAUUAUGGUUUUCCACGUCUGAUAUGUUGCAGAGAACUAAUAGAACAAAUGGGAGUGCGAUGGUUAUUACUGAUUUAUGCCUGGGUGGUGCAAAUGAUAGACUGCUUCAAAUCAAUGCCAUUUGUGGGCUCUCGUGGAUUGGAAAAGGUUUGCUUAUGUGUGGUCAGGAAAAGAUUAAAGACAUCGCUAUGAUUUUUAUAGGGUGCUUGAAGACUGAAGAGCAACCAUUGGAUCCUUUAGUAAUGAAAUGUGCUGCUGAUGCAUUUCAUGUUCUUAUGAGUGAUUCUGAUGUCUGUUUGAACAAAAAAUUUAAUGCCAUAAUUAGGCCACUUUAUAAGCAGCGAUUUUUCUCUUCAAUGAUGCCAGUUUUUCAGCAGUUGAUCACAAAAUCUCACCCUUCAUUCUCCAGAUCUUUCUUGUAUCGAGCCAUGGCACAUAUCAUAUCUGAUACUCCACUAAUUGUUAUAUUAAAUGACGCUAACAAGCUCAUACCAGUUCUCCUGGAUUGCAUGUCAAUAUUAACAGAGGAUGUCCAGGAUAAAGAUAUUUUAUAUGGCCUGUUGCUUUUGUUAUCUGGGAUAUUGACCAAUAAAAAUGGAACAGAAGCUGUAACCGAGAAUGCACAUAUUAUCAUCAGCUGUCUGACUAGACUUGUAGAUUAUCCUAAUAAGACGCUUGUUCGAGAGACAGCUAUUCAAUGUCUUCUUGCCAUGUCUGAGCUGCCACAUGCCCGAAUCUAUCCUAUGAGAACACAGGUACUGCAGUCAAUAGCAAAAGCUCUCGAUGACAAAAAGAGAAGUGUUCGGCGCGAAGCUAUCAGAUGUCGGCGUGCAUGGAGCCAUCAUUGAUGAAGUUCACAAUCAACUUCCCAAGCUACUGGAAGGUCCUCCCGUCCAACUUGAAGUAUGAUUUUCCACCAAAAGAAUCAACUUCAAGUUUUUGAAAUGGUGGAUAUUAACACUUGUAAAUAUCAAUUUCGUUGCAUGGUGGAUAGUUACUUGUAAAAAGGCGAGUUUGGCAAUCUGAAUGUUCAUUUU